AUGCCGGCCAAUUCUGAUUCUAACGCUUCGGAUUCUACCAUAGCAAAACAACCACCACGUCCCCCCAAUGCAUUUAUACUUUACCGACAAGCGAAACAACCGGCUUUAAUUCAAGCUGAUAAACAUCUGACUAAUGCUCAAGUUUCUAGACAAAUGGCCGAGAUGUGGAAAGCUGAACCCCCGCAAGAAAAAUUAAAGUGGGAGAGAAUGGCUGAUCGAAGAAAAUUGGAGCAUAUGAAGCAAUAUCCUAAUUAUAUUUACAAGCCAAAUAAAAAAAAUAAAGUGGAUAAAACUCGAAAGAAUGCUCGUCAAGAAAAAGCAAAAAAAUCUGUUGCCGCUGCAUCCAACAAAUUAAAUGGUCAGCAAAGUAACAAGAAUCUGGAACCCUCAAGAACUGGGCCAAUUCGAAGCAAUUCAAUCAAAAAUCAGUUGAAAAUGUAUCAACCCAUUGCAACCGGAACUUCGAUAUUUAAUCAUCCAACGACGCCAUUUCCACUUGAACAAUACGGCAACUAUUCCGAUCCCUCCGCUGCAUUGAUGUACACACCUAUCAGCAGCAGCAACAACCACAACAAUAAUAAUCACGUAGAGAAUAAUCCCUAUCCAAACCAGCUGAAUCUCUUGACAAACAUCAAUAACAUCAAUAACAUCAGUAACAUUUACACAAUACCGGAUGUAGAACAGGCAUCGCAACACUAUAUCCAUGAAUAUUAUUUACAUAAUGGUCCAUCUACACCUUCUACUUCUAAUUCUUCUGUAACAAAUUCGCCGAUUGCUAAUCAUCCAGUGGCGGCGGCGCCAGACCAUUACUAUCAGCCACCUACUGAUAAUAAUAUCUCCUAUGUCGCUUUACUUCAUAAUGAACUUCAAUUUUAUGAUAGUCAUCAAACUGCUGCUGGUCUCCACUAUCAAUAA